AUGGAACAGCCAAUUCGUCCAAAUACUCGAGCAAUCAUCACGGAGCUAGAACGAAGGUCGAAAGCCAACUGUGAAGCCGUGAACAAUCGAGACUUCUCGCCAGCUACUUCAGCACUGUACAGGGGCAAGUCCUCCAAGUGGACGGCACAAGCCUCAAUUGGCUCCACUGUACACAAUCUGGACGAGCAUGUACACUCCAUACAGCGCGUAUGCAACGAGUAUCCCGACUUUAGGAUUCGUGUAGUCGAUAUGCAUACUACUGUCAACGACAAGGCGGACUUUGCAGAACUAUACGUGAAUACUGAGUCGAGUAACGCCCCACCAGGAGUUUCUCGACCGAGCGUAUCGAUCGUUGUGUAUCGACUGAUACGCGGCGAGUGGCUCUCAGUCCAUCAUAUGAGCCUGGCCGGACUUCCAGCUGAAGGCAGCUCUCAGGUGUCGCUCAUCUGA